UUGAUUUUGUUUGGAAAGAUUGAUAAUAGUACUUGAAAAGCGGGGGAUUUGAUGUCAGGUUCUGCGUACUUGGAAAGAGAGGGAGUACAAGAAUAACGAGACUACGAGAGCCGCACCUUUUAGAGAGAUCUUUUCAUUUAUAUUACAGUCUAGAAGAUUUCCACAGAUUUCCACGGCUGUGUAAGGCAAUAACGCACUUGCCAUGUCCGUGACUCUUGUAGGGUUUUAGCUUCAGCUCUUCGCUUGGGCGUAAUCGGCGCUUGAGGCUUUUAACUCUUCCGCUAGGUGUUAAGGGAGAAGCAGAUUUAUAGGCACACAAAGUAAGGCUCAAAGGUCUACGACUCUGCCCUCAUCGUCCUCAAACCUCAAUUGCAAUCGCUCGAAAUUAACCGCUGCAACACUUGUGGCUGCUCACGUCGCCUCUGCUUCUCUCUCUCGUGAAAGUUCACGGUGCUGCAAUCAGCACUAUCGCUGCUUGUUGCUCAUUUCGCCGGCUUUAGGGACUGCAACGAGCACCUAGUCUCUCUCUUCUUGCAGCCGAUCUCGAUAACCUUCAAGCUUGUAUUUGAGACCCCAAAAGCCGUUUUGAGACCUCUGCCACCUUCGAGCUCCAUCUCUGCAACAUUCAAGCUCUCUCUUUGGUACUCCAGUUCUAAUUCUCUCUCUCCAUAAGAAGUGAGGAUGCAUGCAACUGGUACUGUUCACCAGCUCUCUUGGAGUAACGGCUAUUUGUCUUCGACCAAGGUGUCUACUGGGGGUGGAUUUCCAUGCCAAGUUAGAUUCAAUUCUUCCAGGCCUUGUAAAUCUUCCUGUAUUGAAGGAAGCUUGGUGACUGGGAAGCCCUCCUCUGAUCCGUCUGUCCCUGUGCCCCAUACUCGGGGUAGUUGGAGUACUUUUGUAGACUAUGCUCUCAGUGAAGCAGAUCCUGAAGUAUGCACAAUAAUUAAUAAGGAAAAGCAAAGGCAAUUCAAAAGUUUGGAGCUUAUUGCUUCAGAAAAUUUCACAUCCCAAGCUGUAAUGGAAGCAGUGGGAUCUUGCCUAACAAACAAAUAUUCUGAAGGACUGCCUGGUAAAAGAUACUAUGGUGGCAAUGAGUACAUUGAUGAGCUGGAGAGGCUCUGUCAGGAAAGGGCUUUGGCUACAUUUAAAUUAGAUCCAAAGAGGUGGGGUGUCAAUGUUCAACCUUUAUCAGGCUCUCCUGCUAAUUUUGAGGUUUACACUGGAAUUCUUAGUCCUCAUGAUCGAAUAAUGGGCUUGGACCUCCCACAUGGGGGGCACUUGUCUCAUGGGUUCAUGACUGCUAAAAGACGGGUCUCAGGCACAUCAAUUUAUUUUGAGUCCAUGCCAUACCGGCUUGACGAAUCUACAGGUCUUGUUGAUUAUGAGAUGCUCGAGAAAACAGCUACUCUUUUCCGGCCAAAGCUUAUCAUUACUGGUGCGAGUGCAUAUCCUCGGGAUUUUGAUUAUCCUCGUAUGAGAAAGAUAGCAGAUGCUGUUGGUGCUUUUCUUAUGAUGGACAUGGCUCACAUCAGUGGACUAGUUGCUGCUUCUGUGGUUGCUGACCCCUUUGAGUAUUGUGAUGUUGUAACUACGACAACACACAAGUCCUUGAGAGGUCCUAGAGGUGGUAUGAUCUUCUUCAAGAAGGACCCUGUUCUGGGAGUUGAUUUGGAAUCGACCAUCAACAAUGCUGUUUUCCCAGGCUUGCAGGGAGGUCCUCAUAACCACACAAUUGGGGGUCUGACUGUUUUGAAGCAUGCUCAGUCGCCAGAGUUCAAAGCUUAUCAGGCUCAGGUGAUAUCUAACUGUAAAGCUUUGGCUGGUCGAUUGAUUGAACAUGGGUACAAACUGGUUUCUGGUGGAAGUGAUAAUCAUCUUGUUCUGGUUGAUUUGAGGCCAAUGGUAAAAUGCUGGGUUUUACUCUCCAUAUUUGCAUUUCCAUUUUAAUAUUCAAAUAGAUCC